CUCUCUCUCUCUCUCUCUCUCUCUCUCUCUCUCUCUUUCUUUCUGCAGCAGGGGUUGGUGUAUUAUUGCGGUGGGGGUUGGAUCAGUGUAAAGUGCAUGUUUCAGCAGGCUGGAGCUCACACACUAUUGUCUGUUUGAUGGCAGUAUAUACGGUGUGUGUAUAUAUGUGUAUGCGUGUGUGUGUCUCCCUGCAGUAGAGCUGCUGAUGUUGCUGUUGUGAGGAUUUCCUGGUUCCUCCGUCCUGCAGGAAUAUGACUUUUUGAUCAGGGAUGAUAUGCUGGGUUCAGAUCCAAAACGGACACUUAUGGCUCUGGAUUUGAUCAUCACAGAAAGCGUUUGCUCCAUGUGGGAAUAACUCGCCCAUCGAGGGGUGUUUUUUUUUGAGAGGCAGCCAUGCGGUCGGAGCGCAUUAGUCGCGUGUGUAUCGUGGUGCUCGAAGAGGUGGAUGAUGACGAAUCUGCCCCUCUGCAUUCCAAAACCACACAGGACCACAUUACCCAGAAUUCCUCUCAGGAUGAUAAGUCUUCUCUGAUUAAAGCCAUAUUUAACACUGACUUGGAUGAAGUUCGGGCCCUCAUAUUCAAGAAAGAAGAUGUCAACGUACAGGACAGUGAGAAGAGGACGCCGCUUCACGCUGCUGCAUACCUGGGUGAUGCUGAGAUAUUAGAGCUGCUCAUUCUGUCAGGGGCGAGAGUAAAUGCUAAAGAUAAUAAAUGGCUCACUCCCCUUCAUCGAGCCGUGGCAUCCUGUAGUGAGGAGGCGGUACAGGUGUUGUUGAAGCAUUCUGCAGACGUCAAUGCACGAGACAAAAACUGGCAGACGCCACUGCAUGUGGCCGCAGCCAAUAAGGCGCUGCGCUGUGCUGAGGCGUUGGUCCCAUUCAUAAGCAAUGUUAAUGUGUCGGACCGCGCUGGACGGACAGCUCUGCAUCACGCUGCCUUCAGCGGACACACAGAGAUGGUUCAGCUCCUGCUGUCUAAUGGUGCUAACAUCAAUGCCUUUGAUAAGAAAGACAGACGAGCUGUUCAUUGGGCCGCAUACAUGGGUCAUCUAGAGGUGAUGAAGUUGUUGGUGUCUCACGGUGCUGAGGUUUGCUGUAAGGAUAAGAAGUCUUACACACCCCUCCACGCCGCCGCCUCCAGUGGAAUGAUCAAUGUGGUAAAAUACCUGCUGCAUCUGGGUGUGGAUAUCAACGAGACGAAUGCGUAUGGAAACACCCCACUGCACAUGGCCUGUUAUAAUGGACAGGAUGUUGUUGUCAAUGAGCUGAUAGAUGCAGGUGCUGAUGUAAAUCAGAAGAAUGAGAAGGGAUUUUCACCCCUGCACUUCACCGCUGCAUCCCGACAGGGGGCGCUGUGUCUGGAGCUGCUCACGGCCAACGGUGCCAAUCUGAACAGUAAGAGUAAAGAUGGUAAAACGCCUCUCCACAUGGCAGCCAUUCAUGGGCGAUACUCCCGAUCUCAGGCUGUCAUUCAGAACGGGGCGGAUAUCAACUGUCAAGACGUGAAGGGUAAUUCUCCACUUCACAUAGCGGCACGGUACGGCCACGAGCUGCUCAUCAACACGCUCCUGGCAAACGGUGCAGACACGGCCCAGCGGGGCAUCCAUGGCAUGUUUCCGUUGCACCUGGCAGCGCUAAGUGGAUUUUCUGACUGCUGUCGCAAACUUCUCACCUCAGGUUUUGACAUUGACACGCCCGAUGACUUUGGCAGGACGUGUUUGCAUGCGGCAGCCGCAGGAGGGAAUCUUGAAUGUUUAAAUCUGUUACUGAACGCCGGUGCAGACUUUAACAGGAAGGACAGCUUUGGGAGGACGCCGCUGCAUUACGCUGCUGUUAACUGUAUGUAUCGGUGUUUGUUUGCUUUGGUCGGUUCGGGAGCGAGCGUGAAUGAGCGAGACAUCAGAGGCUGUGGUCCGCUGCAUUACACUGCUGCUGUGGACUCGCACGGCAAGUGUGUGGAGUAUCUAUUGAGGAAUGAUGCUAAUCCAGGUCUCAGGGAUAAAGACGGAUACAACGCUGUUCACUACGCCUCAGCUUAUGGCCACAGGGUCUGUCUGGAGCUGAUUGCCAAUGAAACACCAUUAGAAGUGCUGAUGGACAAAUCUGCGUCUGACAUCAUAAAUGAUUCAGACAUCCAGCCUCCCAUCAGCCCUUUACACCUCGCUGCAUAUCACGGACACCACCAUGCUCUUGAUGUUCUGGUCCAGUCUCUGUUGGAUCUAGAUGUCAGAACGCCUCAAGGUCACACACCUCUGGGUCUGGCUGCGUUUAAAGGCCACGUGGAGUGUGUGAAUAUUCUGGUGAAUCAGGGUUCAUCCACACUGCUGAAGGACUACACACACAAGAGAUGUCCCAUACACUUCGCAGCUAUGAACGGUCACGCUGAAUGUCUGCGUCUGCUCAUCAAUAACACAGAUCAGGAAAAAGAUGUCGAUAUGCGGGACAGCAAGGGACAGACUCCUCUGAUGUUGGCGGUCCUGGGUGGGCACACAGAUUGUGUUUAUCUCCUGCUGAGUAAAGGAGCUAGUGUUGAAGCCAGAGAUAAACGGGGCAGGACGGCUCUCCAUCGUGGGGCGGUAAUGGGUCAUGAGGCAUGUGUUGAGGCGUUGUUACGGAACAGAUCCAGUCUGUUGGUUCAGGACAGUAGGGGGCGCUCUCCUCUACACCUGGCAGCUGCGUGCGGACACGUCGGGGUCCUGAGGGCCCUCCUGAAAGCAGCACAGUCUCAGAGCAUCAUCCCUGUCACCAAAGACAACUGCGGUUACACACCGCUACAUUGGGCGUGUUACAACGGUCAUGACGCGUGCGUAGAGCUUAUUUUACAACAGGAAGAGUUUCGUCAUAUGGAGGGAAACUCGUUCAGUCCGCUUCACUGCGCUGUUAUUAAUGAUAAUGGGUCCGCAGCAGAGAUGUUAAUAGAAAUUUUAGGUCCAGGAAUUGUAAACGCCCCAGACUGUCAGUCCAGGACUCCGCUGCACGCCGCAGCCUUCACAGAUCACGUUGAGUGUUUACAGCUUCUGUUGGGACACAGCGCUCAGGUGAACCCCGUCGACGCUUUGGGCAAAACUCCUCUCAUGAUGGCAGCUGAGAACGGACAGACCAACGCUGUAGAGCUUCUGGUGAGCGGUGCGAGAGCUGAUCUCACCCUGCAGGACACAAACCGAAACACAGCCCUGCAUCUGGCCUGCAGUAAGGGUCAUGAAACUAGUGCCUUGUUAAUCCUUGAGAAGAUCACAGAUAGAAACCUCAUUAACUCUACAAAUGCAUCACUGCAGACGCCAUUACACAUCGCUGCUCGGAACGGUCUCACUGUGGUCGUGCAGGAGCUUCUAGCUAAAGGAUCGAGUGUCCUCGCUGUGGAUAAAAAUGGUUAUACUCCAGCUUUGGCUUGUGCCCCGAACAGAGACGUGGCAGAUUGUUUGGCGCUGAUACUCGCCAACAUGAUCCCCGUCUCCCCCAGCAGUACGGGCACCAUGUCGGACCUCACGUUCUCCAGCAUCAACCACUUCUCCAGCGCAUCAAAGACUGCGACCUUUGACUCUUUGCCCACUCUGCGGUCCAAACACGUCUCUUAUCGCAACUUCAACAGCCUGGCCCGCGAAGACGGCCUUAUAGUCCACGAUGAUGAACUCAAUGAUUCAGACUCAGAGACGUAUUGACGACCCGCCCUAGUUUCUUAAAAUAACGGCUCAUUAUGCAAAUGAUGACUAUAAUAGUUUGGAUUGUUUGUCCGUUGACCCGUGUGGCCGCAGUCUCAGGAGAGAGGUUACACUACAGUUUUUGGGUUGUCCACUGCACCGGACUCAUUCGUUUACUCUCUCAAAAGUAAUGUUUAUAGGAAUAGUUCACACAAAAUUCAUUCAAACCUGAAAACUUUUGUGGAGAAACACUGAAGAAUUUAUUUUGCAUACAUAAAGGUCAAAGCCCACUUGAUCCAUUAAAGGAAUAGUUCACCUAAAAAUGCAAAAUAGCCCAUAAUUUACCCACCAUAAUGCCAUCCUAGCUGUAUAUGACUUAAUUUCCUCAGACAAACACAGUUAUAUUAAAUAUGCAAUACAUGGCACUGAAUAUUGGCUGCGUGUUUGAAGCCCAUCCAUCAUCAAAAAAAGAAAUCCACAUGACUCCAGUGGGGCUUUUGAUAUGAUAUGUUUAUAAGAAAAAUGUAUUUUGAGCUUAUUUAGCGAUCGAUACUUUGCGUUUGAUUAUAAACACAUCUAAAAUGGUGGCAUGCCGGCCCCAUGUUGUUAUGUACGAUGAUCAUGAGUUCUUUGGCGUCUCCCAAAUAGCACCAUAAACACUCUGGUCCUCCUACGAGUCCGCACUUUCGUGAGUAACAUCUUAAAACCUUGUGGACUUAAUGGACACAAACAUGUUCCCAUUGUGAAGGGGUCGCACCGGACGAGAAGCGCUGUAUCCCAAUACACGUAUAGGACAACUCGCAGGUAUCGCACACCGGAUGUGCACAUUAAAUAGCGCAAGCUUAGUCAGAUGGUCUACCUCAAGAUGUAAUAUAAAAAUAU